AUGAUCAACACAAAGAAGAUCAUGAAGAUGGCCAAGAAAUGGCAACAGAGAGCAGCCUUAAGCAGGAAAAGAAUCUCAUUUCAGAGAUCAAGAACUGCUAGCAGCUCGAAUGUUGUAGAGAAAGGGUGUUUUGUGGUUUAUACGGCGGAUAGAAUCCGUUUUGCUUUUCCGAUAAGUUACCUGAGCAACUCUGUUUUCCAAGAGCUUCUGAAGAUCUCUGAAGAAGAGUUUGGCCUCCCCAAGGAAGGACCAAUCAUGUUGUCAUUCGAUUCGGUUUUCUUGGAGUAUCUCAUCAAACUAGUCCAACGGCGAAUGGACGAAGAUACGGAGAAGGCUUUGCUAAUGUCAAUCUCCAGUGCCAGAUGCUCUCUACACUGUUCUAUCCAACAACAAGAACAACAAAGUAGUAGUACUCAACAAUUGCUUGUGUUUUAG